AUGACCACCGUGGAUAUAAUAGGGGUGCUUACUAACAAAGGAAGAAAUAAUAACCUGAAAAGUAUAAUCAAGCUAAUAGUCCUUCCACGAUUCCACGAUAUCUUUAGGAGGCAGCCCUCCUAUAACAACAACAACAACAACAACAACAACAACAACAACAACAACAACAACAACAACAACAACAACAACAACAACAACAACAAUAACAACAAUAACAAUAACAACAGUAGUGCCUUUUCCAUAACAACAGGCCUCUUCCAUAAUAACAGUAAUACCUCUUCUAUUCGGGGGGAUAGUGGAGUGGUAUACCACCUGGACUAG